AUGGCGGCGAUGGCGGGGAGCGAGGUGCACCAGGCGCUGCAGGCGGCGGCGCUGCCGCUGAGUUUCCUGGUGAUGAGCUCGGUGCUGCCGGUGGUGAAGGUGCUGCUCAUCGCCGCCACGGGGCUCAUCUUCGCGCUGCCCUACUUCGACGUCCUGCACGCCGACGCGCGCAAGAGCCUCAGUAAGCUGGUGUUCACGGUGUUCCUGCCGGCCAUCAUCUUCGUCAACCUGGGCGAAGCCAUCUCCUUCGAAAACCUCCUCAGAUGGUGGUUCAUCCCAGUGAACGUGGUGCUGGCGUCUGUGCUGGGCUGUCUGCUCGGCAUGCUGGUGGCGUGGCUCACCGACUGCCCACCCGAGUUCUUCCGCCUCGUCUUCGUCCUCACAGGCAUUGGCAACAUGGGCAACAUGCCGUUGGUGCUGCUGUCAGCGGUGUGCUCGGAUGCGCGCAACCCCUUCGGCGGGCACAACGAGUGCAACAAGCUUGGCAACCGCCUACAUCUCCCUCGGCAUGUGGGUGCGUGCAUGGGGGCAUGUGGGUAUGUGGGUGCGUUCUUGUGUGCAUCAUGCAAUAGCGCCAGCCAGCAUGCUAUCCGUGCGCAUGUGGAUAUGUGUGCUAUCCGUGCGCAUGUGGAUAUGUGUGCUAUCCGUGCGCAUGUGGAUAUGUGUGCUAUCCGUGCGCAUGUGGAUAUGUGUGCUAUCCGUGCGCAUGUGGAGAUGUGUGCUAUCCGUGCGCAUGUGGAUAUGUGUGCUAUCCGUGCGCAUGUGGAUAUGUGUGCUAUCCGUGCGCAUGUGGAUAUGUGUGCUAUCCGUGCGCAUGUGGAUAUGUGUGCUAUCUGUGCGCAUGUGGAUAUGUGUGCUAUCCGUGCGCAUGUGGAUAUGUGUGCUAUCCGUGCGCAUGUGGAUAUGUGUGCUAUCCGUGCGCAUGUGGAUAUGUGUGCUAUCCGUGCGCAUGUGGAUAUGUGUGCUAUCCGUGCGCAUGUGGAUAUGUGUGCUAUCCGUGCGCAUGUGGAUACGUGUGCUAUCCGUGCGCAUGUGGAUAUGUGUGCUAUCCGUGCGCAUGUGGAUAUGUGUGCUAUCCGUGCGCAUGUGGAUAUGUGUGCUAUCCGUGCGCAUGUGGAUAUGUGUGCUAUCCGUGCGCAUGUGGAUAUGUGUGCUAUCCGUGCGCAUGUGGAUAUGUGUGCUAUCCGUGCGCAUGUGGAUAUGUGUGCUAUCCGUGCGCAUGUGGAUAUGUGUGCUAUCCGUGCGCAUGUGGAUAUGUGUGCUAUCCGUGCGCAUGUGGAUACGUGUGCUAUCCGUGCGCAUGUGGAUACGUGUGCUAUCCGUGCGCAUGUGGAUAUGUGUGCUAUCCGUGCGCAUGUGGAUAUGUGUGCUAUCCGUGCGCAUGUGGAUAUGUGUGCUAUCCGUGCGCAUGUGGAUAUGUGUGCUAUCCGUGCGCAUGUGGAUAUGUGUGCUAUCCGUGCGCAUGUGGAUAUGUGUGCUAUCCGUGCGCAUGUGGAUAUGUGUGCUAUCCGUGCGCAUGUGGAUAUGUGUGCUAUCCGUGCGCAUGUGGAUAUGUGUGCUAUCUGUGCGCAUGUGGAGAUGUGUGCUAUCCGUGCGCAUGUGGAUAUGUGUGCUAUCCGUGCGCAUGUGGAUAUGUGUGCUAUCCGUGCGCAUGUGGAGAUGUGUGCUAUCCGUGCGCAUGUGGAUACGUGUGCUAUCCGUGCGCAUGUGGAUGCGUGUGCUAUCCGUGCGCAUGUGGAGAUGUGUGCUCAGCACGUUUUCCUGCAGACAGUGGCGACAGUGAUGUGGGGCAUGAUGGCGGCCAUAGUGAUGUGGAGCACGGUCUACAACAUCCUGGCGCCCCCUGAGGAGUGGUUACCAGGUUACGUGCGGCCGUUGGACCACUUCGGCAUCGACCACAAGUACGUCGAUGCGCCCAUGGUGCCGUACCAGGAGGAGGAGGACAGCGACAGUGACGAGGGGGAAACAGACGGGGAGGGGGGCGAGGAGGGCCUCGGCAGCAGCGUGGCUCGCACGGCAUCCCGGUCGCUGCGGAAAGCAUCUGUCGCGCUGCUCGUGCGCGCACCCAACACGCUGGGAGAGGUCCUCAAGGCGUUGCACAUUUACGAUGUCUUCCGCCCGCCCGUCCUCGCUGCUUGUCUGGCAAUGCUGCUGGGCAUGGUGCCGCAGCUCGACUUCCUCUUCUUCCACCGCGACGGUGCGCUGCGCUUUCUCACCGACGCCCUCGCCGUGCUGGGCCAGGCCAUGAUCCCCUGCAUUCUGCUGGUUCUCGGCGCCAACCUCGUCAAGGGUCCCGGGGCGUCAGCGCUGCCGAUGCGCACGACACUGGCAGUAGUUGUGACGCGGCUGCUGGUGGUGCCGCUGCUGGGCAUCGCCAUCGUGCUGUGCGCCGACCGCCUGGGGCUGCUACCGCCCGGCGACAAGAUGUUCCGCUUUGUGCUGCUGCUGCAGCAUGCCAUGCCCUCGUCCAUCCAGAUAGGCACGGCGUGCAGUCUAAGGGGGUUUGGGGAGCAGGAGGUAUCAGCGGUGCUCUUCUUUCAGCACAUAUCAGCCGUCUUCACCAUGGCUGUCUACCUCUUCGUAUUCUUCUACCUCCUAUACGGCUGA